CACUUCAAGUAUGAUUGUGAACAAAUCCAGCACUCCAUUCGUAUGGCAUGCUAUAAAAAAUCGAUAUUUUUAACACGAGCCGAUAUGAAACUUGCAAUUGAAAGUUAACUGGAAAAUGGACACAUUGCCGUGUCAGUGUGCGGGGCUACGAAUAAACAAAUGCAGGUGUAAAGUCCUGCACACUGGGUACCGGUGUGAUGAGUCCGGCAGUUAUUUAGUUUUGGCGAAGAGCAGAAGUCUGGAUCGCUAUUUGAACCUUGGAGAAAAAAAUCCCAAUGUUGUCUUGAGGUUCAUCGAAAACUUUUACGAGCAAUGCGCUGGAUACAAUUUAAGAUAUUGUCAUAUAAGAGGUUUCAUCAGACAUGACAACUGCUUUUCGAAUACACUGAAGGACUGCAUGAUAUUAGCGUGCUUUCUCAUUGCAAAUUUCAUUGUCUUACUUGCGAUUCUUUCGAAGACACUUGUCCAUCUAUAUUUUGUCAUCGUGUUGACUUUCCAGUGGAUUAAAAGAACUUUAUGUUGCAAGUUAGAUACGGAUCAGGACACGAUGAUCCUAAGGCCGUCUGUCCGUCACGACUACUCACCACCGCUGUUAAACAAGUAUUUCUGACAGUGCUAAAGUGAGAUCGAAAAAAAAAUUUUGUGUGUCAAAUAUAUGAAGUAACGAAUAUAGUCUUGGAGUGUCU